GUGGCAGUGCUCUCUUAAACGUUGCGGUGGGCAGAGGUCCAGAGAAAAAAUGACGCCAAUGAUUCCCGUAAAAGUUUGCAGAAAUUGAAAGAAGCAGAAAAGUAAGAAGUGCUAAAAAUUUGAUUCUGGGGAGACUGGACAUUCACCAUCAGCAUGAUCAUCACGUCACAUCUAAAUCUAAAGAAUUUGCUGGUUCGUCAGGUUUCAUUGACAGUCUGGUAGACCAGAGAACAUCUUUGAGCCAGAAUGUACUCAUAGGUCUGGAGCUGACAAAGCUGAACUACAAUGGUAAGAUAAACACACCUAUUAGCUCCUGUAUAGCACUAUGUCCUACCAGGCGACACCUCGAGGCGCUUCCCUGUCGGCUGUGGAGGUCCCUGAGAGCACCAUAUCCACUGUCUCUCUCGCAGUGUCAAAGUCAGCAUCUGGAGGGUCUCGCCUGGUGACAGGGCGUGACGCUGCUGGUGCCACGGGAGGAAUGGUCAAUCGGUUCUCCGCUCCUAGGAGUCUAUGGCAUAAAGUCAAAGUCCCAUUAGUGGUGAAAUCUGGCCGUGACCAAUAUUCCCGGGAGCUCAGGGAAUAUGAAGACUAUAUGCCUAGAGAACCCUUAAGACCGGUACUGCAACGGCGUAGCUCGCUCAGCUACGAUCCUUACGAUAAGAAUUACUACAACGAAGACGCCUAUGGUAACCACUCCCUAAAUAACUGGGGGUCCAGUGUGGAAGAGAGCCGCGAUGUCCAGCCAGUGAGGAAUCAACAGUCAAGACACAACUUAGUGAAGACAGGUGCAAAACCUACACAGAAGAAAGAGGAAGACAGAGAAAGUCCGCCCAUAAUAAUCGCCAGCGGCCUCGUUCCCAAGAACCUGGAGCCUCUCACCUCAGAAUACAAAGCUACUCACCCCGUCCAGAACGAUGAUGGAGGAAAAGGGGUUGGCAACAGUAGUCAUAAAAGAAAUGAAAGCCACCGUGGCACUGUGGAUAAAGAUCACCACAGUACUGGUAACAACGGUCACAGUGGUACUGGUAACAACGGUCACAGUGGUACUGGUAACGGCCACAGUGGCACUGGUAACAACGGUCACAGUGGCACUGGCAGUAAUGCAUACCACAGUACUAGCAAUAGCAGUCAUUGUACUACUGGAAGCGACUCUUACAGCACCGGAAAUACGAAUACUGGUUCGUAUGGGUCAGGCGGCUGUAGCAGCUACAGCAAUUAUCCAGCAAGCAACAGCUACCCAAUGAAAACCAAUUAUCCAGCAAGCAACAGCUACCCAAUGAAAACCAAUUACCCGACAAAUACCAGUUACCCGACAGGCUCAAGUUAUCCAGCAAACAUCAACUACCCAGCAAGCACAAACUAUCUAACACGCCCAAACUACUCAGCAAGUACCUAUUAUCUAACAAACACAAACUAUCCAGCCAACACCUAUUACCUAACAAACGCCAACUACCCAACAAGCACUAACUAUCCAACAAACCCCAACAGUUCGGCAAGUACUUAUUAUCUAACACGGACAAACUACCCAGCAAGUACCAACUUCUCAACAAGUACCAGGAGUCGGAUGGGGGGCGUCUCCGCCAGCAGGAGUUACCUGGCUAGAGAGAGAGAUCAGUUUCACGAGCGAUACUUUGAACCUGCGUCAUAUGGGCCAGUUACCGCCCCUCUGGCCUCAUCACAGCAGAAAUACAACAUCAGCGAUGUUUUCGACCGGCCACACGGUACCAGGCGGCCCGAACUCACCACUGUCAUCACCAGAAGAACCGACGUUAGACCCAAACCAAUGCUUGUCCACCAGGUACCACUCAGGGAUGCGGAUAUCGGCAGAACCACCUACAAGAGUCCAGCACCAGAGCCACAAUGGCGCCAUCAGCAGCAGCAACAGCAGCAGGCAGCCCUUAAUGAAGUAUUCAGUAGAAUGUAUCAGAACGCCCCGAGCAGGAAACGAGGAGAUGAGGUAUCAGAGACAGCCGGCCUACUGGAAGUACCUGCCAGCGUCAAGAACCAGCAGACAGCAGACUCUGCCUACAAGGAGCCAAUCAAGUCCUCACCAGGACAUACCAAGGACUCAGCCCUCGCUCCUACUGCUCGACAGGAACACUCCCACACGGUCGUUAAUAUGUCCUUGCUGGCCCCGGACAUCGUGGUGGACGGCCUCGGGAAACCUACACCAGUACACCGGGCCCAGACAGAAUACGAGGCGCAUAAGGCCGGAGGCAAUGACAACCUUCCGAGUGUCCUAAUACAAGGAGUCGUCAAGGGCCAGGGAACCAAGUCGCCACAUCAUCAACGAUCCUCCUUCGUGAGUUACCAUGCUCCUUCCUGAGGUAUCGCAUUCUCUCGUGAGUUAUCAUGUUAUUUCCUGUGUUAACAUGUUCCUUCUUGAGCAACUAUUCUCUCUGUGCUUUUUAACCCCACCGACACAUCUUGAUCAUUUUAUCACAUAACAAAAUUUGCCUCUGUUUUAAAGGAA